AAUUGGAUAAAUAUGGAUAUUAAUCGAUGCAUUGGCUGGAUUAAAAAUGUAAAAAUAUUAAUAAAAAAAAUGUAUCGAAUUUCGUUAACUGAGUUAAAAACGUUUAAAACUGAAUGUUAAAUAUGCUUAAAAUAACUAUAAUGCCUUGUGGCGUACAAGUAAUGUUUGCGGUGUCGAACAGCCAACGCUAGCGUUCUUGUCGCGUCGCGUCACAUCAACAAAGCGUUCGAUUGGUCCACCGUGUGGCGACGUCAUGACUCCAGACCCAACCUAGAAAAACGCGUCGCUCUGGUACAGUAUGCGGCUUUACUGACUGUAAAUGGGAGCUUAUAGCUGUUUGUCGCGUCGCGCAGCCAGCGACGUAGAUGGGUGCAAAGGGUUAACCGUGAUGUCAGCUGCAGAGGCAGGGACUGCUACUCACUGCAAACAGUUUCCACCCUGCUUUAAAUACAACACCAACACAGACGGUCAGUGAACAGACAGCGUGUCAAACGGUAGAGGCGAAAUAGAUGAGCGAAGAGCAACCGGAUUCAGCCGCGUCCGAUGAUCCACUAAAUACUUUUGAAUGGCUGUGACAUCCUAACCCCUCUGCCGCAUCCCACAGUCAAACCAUGAACUACGUGGGUCAGCUAGCCGGUCAGGUUUUUGUGCAGGUGAAGGAGCUAUACAGAGGCCUUAACCCUGCCACCCUGUCCGGCUGUAUAGAUGUCAUUGUGGUGCGUCAGCCCGACGGCACUCUGCAGUGUUCGCCUUUUCAUGUCCGUUUUGGCAAGAUGGGAGUGUUGCGCUCCAGGGAGAAAGUGGUUGACAUUGAGAUAAAUGGGGAGCCUGUCAGCUUACACAUGAAACUAGGUGAAAAUGGAGAGGCAUUCUUUGUCAAAGAAACAGAAAGUGAUGAGGAGAUGGUGCCGUCCUACUUGGCUACAUCGCCUAUAAUUUCACAGGGCUCUGCCCUAAUGCAGGCCCAAGUUGGAAAAGGCACAUCCCGUCUGUCUGACUCUGGAAACGGAACCUCCAUUCAAACCCUGGGCCCCAUGCAAGCCCCUGGUGACAGUUCAAUAAUGAAGAAGAGAAGGAAGAGGAGAAGAAAAUCUCAAGUAGACAGCAUGAAGCGAGAGGGCAACGGAGACUUUUCGGAACAUGAAGACAUGUUUCCUAUUGAUAUGAGUUCUGAUGAUGAUACAGAGACUACAGGAAGCAGAGCCAUGUCACAUGAGUUAUUUGCUGAGCAGUUAAAAGGAACUAGCAGCACAUACACACAGUCUGAAGGGAAUUGGACUACUGUUCAAAGCAAAGGGUUGGAAAAGAUCUGCUCCUUACCCAUCCCCACCAAUUCAGGAUUGUCUAUUUCCUGCCCUCAACAAACAGCCAUGUUUCAGUCCACACCCAGCAGCCCAAAUGGCUCCUUGCCAUCUACACCCAAGAGUGACUCCGAAUUGCUGGCCAGUCAGAGGAGCGGAGGGAAACCGGACAACCCUGAGAUGCUUUGGACAUGGGGAGAGCUGCCUCAUGCUGCAAAGCCAUCAUUCUUGCAGCCCAUGUCGGAGCCCAUGGUGGUGACCCCAAGAUCAAUCCCACCGUCUGAAAGCACGCACUUCAGAGCCAUCACCGGGGAUGGGAUGGUGGAGUCCCACGCUAGUGAUGUGUAUGUGCCUGAUCUCAGGGUUGAAGAGGAAACAUCAGCCGCUGCUGUAGAUUUGGAGGCCAUCAGUGCAGCCGCUCAUCUUAUCACAGACCUAGACGAGGGACGGCACAGUCCCGGAGCUCAUGCCAUUAGCAAGACAGACUCUCCAUCCAAGAGAAAAGACAAAAGGAGCCGGCACCUGGGAUCAGAUGGAGUAUACCUGGAUGACAUCACAGAGUUGGAGCCUGAGGUGGCAGCCUUGUACUUUCCCAAGAGCGAUGGAGCAACUUCUGCAAGGGGUGGGGCAGAUUCGAGAAGUGCCAGCCAGUCCCCUCAGUCUGUGGGCAGCAGUGGAAUGGACAGUGGGGUGGACAGCUAUUCUGAUCAGUUAGGAGACUUGCCUCAUAUUGGCAUCUCUCUCUGUGGAGGACUGACAGAAAACAGAGAGAUCACUAGAGAGGAAUUUGAGGAACGAGCAAUAUCUUAUCAGGAGUUUGCAGAUAACCCAUCUAUCAUUGAUGAUCCCAACCUGGUCGUAAAGAUUGGUACCAAGUAUUAUAAUUGGACCACAGCCGCUCCUAUCGUACUAGCCAUGCAGGUUUUCCAGAAGCCCUUGCCAAAGGCCACAGUGGAGAACAUCAUGAAGGAGAAGAUGCCCAAGAAAGGAGGUCGCUGGUGGUUUUCAUGGCGGGGCAGGAACAACAGCUCCAAAUCGGAAUCAGCAUCUGAUCAGAUUGAAGGUGGAGAGGAUUCGAUAAGAACAGCAUCUGUGAGCAGAUUAAAGGAUGAAUCGUCAUCCAGUGAAGAUGACAGCGGGGGUGCUAAACAGAAUCUUUUGAGCAAUCAGCCCGAAGUUCUCCACAGCACGGGAGGCCACUUUUACAGAAAGACACUUCGUUUGUCCUCAGAACAGCUAGCCAGUCUGCACUUGAAAGAUGGCCCCAACGAUGUGGUCUUCAGUGUCACCACGCAGUAUCAGGGCACCUGCCGCUGUGAGGGCACCAUUUAUCUGUGGAACUGGGAUGACAAGAUAGUGAUUUCAGACAUCGAUGGCACCAUCACAAGGUCCGACACCCUGGGACACAUUUUACCCACACUGGGUAAAGACUGGACCCAUCAGGGCAUUGCUCGACUCUAUCACAGAGUCAGCCAGAACGGUUACAAGUUUAUGUACUGUUCAGCUCGGGCGAUUGGCAUGGCUGAUAUGACCCGGGGUUACCUGCACUGGGUUAAUGAAAGAGGCACCAUGUUACCAAUGGGACCUGUGCUGCUUAGUCCUAGUAGUUUGUUCUCUGCAUUUCACAGGGAGGUCAUUGAGAAGAAGCCAGAAAAGUUUAAAAUUGAAUGUCUGACCGACAUAAAAAACCUGUUCUAUCCAAACACAGAACCCUUCUAUGCUGCUUUUGGAAACAGGGCGACAGAUGUUUAUUCAUAUAAAGAGGUUGGAGUGCCUUUGAACAGAAUAUUUACUGUGAAUCCUAAGGGAGAGCUCAUCCAAGAACAUGCAAAGACCAACAUAUCAUCUUAUGGACGUCUUUGUGAGGUCGUGGAUCAUGUCUUCCCUCUUCUAAUCAGAGGGAACACCACCGACUUCCCCUGUUCGGACACGUUCAGCCAGUUCACCUUCUGGAGGGAGCAGUUACCAGACGUAGACAAGCAGGAGCAACAUCCCGAGAGCAGCUGAAAGGACAUACAGUUCUGUAAAAAGAUAGCAUCCCUACAAACUCGGCUCUGAUGCUGCACUGCCAUAGGUAUUCCUCUACGCACAAGCAACUCAGCACUUUGCAGACCACUUGCCGCCCUCUGCCUGUCCCUCCGUUAUUAAUUUACACUUUUACAAACGUUUAUCAUUUUUGGGCGUGCUAAUAUUUUGUUGUACCGGCAGCAUGUUACAUAGCUCAUAUUAGGGAAUUUGUCUGUUUAUUGAUGAGGUUACGGUUAAAGUGCCAAAAGCAUUAUUCAUAACGAACAAGGCAAUUACAUUACGCUAUUAAAAAAAAAGCUGUCUGUUGGCUUUGUCCAAGGUUGUAAAGAUAUAUAUGAGGGAAUACAGUUAUUUUAGUACAUAGUAUAAAAGGUUUUUUGAGCAUUUGUCAUAAAACAUGCAGAGAGAAAUGUAAAGCUUUCAUCAAAUUAAAAAAUAAUGAUAAAUAAACUCAGAUGUAGGUAUAAAGCCAGCAUUAGUAUCUCUCAGGUGAUUUAGACAAGGUAGUCUUUUAAAACUUCAAGUGACCUUUCAUAAAAAAAACAUUUUAUCCCUAAAUUAUUUUACUACUCCAUUUCCUUAAAAUCAAAACAAGCACAAUUGGAUCGAUCUUAAUUGUGCCAUCCUGGACACCUUCAUACCACACACACACUUUACAUUUUGCCAAAUGCUUAUUAUUGUGUGAAAACCUUGCAUUCCUUAUUAUUUGUGUGUAUUUUAUGUGAAGUUCAUAACAGCGAAUAUGAAUCAUGCAGUAAUUGAUUUCGUUACAGGUUUAAAGAAAAACAGAAACUAAACAAAAGCAAACAACAAUGCAAAGAACACUCAGGUCAUGAAGUAUUUCCUACCUGUAUUAAUUCCUUCAUAUUAAUGUCAUAUUUACAUCGUGCUCAUUUUCAUAAAACAUAUACACACACCUGAGAAUUCAUGCUUAUUUCAGUAAUUAAGAAUAUAAAAUCUACUGACUGACGGUGCAUACUAUUAUUAUGUUAAUUUUAUUUUUUUAAAUAUUCGAUCAACACCAACACCUUUACGCAAAUGUGUUUAUGGUUUCUGUCUUAUUAAAGGAUGAACUGUGUAUUACGAAAGCACUAAAAUAUAUAUACACCGAAACAGGGCUCUGGUAAAUGAAUAGGUUUGCGUGAUGGGUAAACGGACAAGCUCCUGCUUAUUCUCAAGUCUGUGGUUUCUCAUGGUUAUCAAGGAGCACAUUAAAUAAGCACUGAUGUGAUGCAUGAAUGACGAAUGGGCUUUAAGGAUUGAUUCGGAAGAACUGUGUAUUUUAAAUGUAACCGUGUUAUUGUUCUGCGAUGAAAAAAAACAAAGUAUAAAAUAUACACGUGUGCAACAUGAAAAUGCAAAUUAGACUGAUCUCUAAUUGGUUCAGUUGAUACGAGCUUAUUAUAAUGACAGAUGACUGCUACAAACUUCAACACUGUGAAUGAUCAGGUCAAACAUUAUAGAUUGUUUCUGCUCUGUCUACCUGUCUUACAAAACUUAAACAUCUUCAACUCAUUAAGAUUUAUUAUGCUAAAACAAAAAAAGCUGAAUAAUGUAAGACUGUGUAACAUAUUCUCUGUUUAAACGAAUGGUAACACCACUAACUUACAGUUGCAAUAGGUUUUGUUCUGUUUUGCAGUCUAUUGUUUUUUAUCUUCUUUCUGUGAAAGAUCUUGUUGCCUAAGUUGUGGCAGUUGAGUUCGGUGUGUCAUUAUGUUCAGUGUUCAGAUGUAAAACUAUGGUUGUGUGUAUAUUUUAAGAUGCCAAAUCUCGAUGUGUAAAUUAAAAUCCCAUUACAUGAAUCCAAAAA